GAGUGCUCAUAAAUUUAUUAGUCUUAGGAGAAUGAGCUGAUGCCACUGCCAGCGGGACCCACAGUACAGUAUAUCCAGCUACAAGGAAAGCAUCUUCCAUCCAGGUAUCUAAAAGAAAGUGAAGAAGUCUCACAACACACCCUCUUGGGUCUAUUCUCCAUCUGUAUUCUCCCACCAUGCUGGGCCUCAAUGGCACCCCCUUCCAACCAGAAACACUCCAGCUGAUGGGCAUUCCUGGGAUACAAACGGGCCUCACCUGGAUUGCCUUAAUUUUCUGCAUCCUCUACACGAUCUCCAUCGUAGGUAACCUCAGCAUUCUCGCGCUGGUGUUUUGGGAGGCUGCUCUGCAUCAGCCCAUGUACUACCUCCUCUCUAUGCUUGCUCUCAAUGAUCUGGGAGUGUCCCUUUCUACUCUUCCCACUGUGAUUUCUACUUUCUGCUUCAACUACAACCAUGUCGGUUUUAAUGCUUGCUUGGUUCAGAUGUUCUUCAUCCACACUUUCUCUUUCACAGAGUCAGGCAUACUGCUGGCCAUGAGCUUGGAUCGCUUUGUGGCUAUUUGUGAUCCACUACGCUAUGCCACUGUGCUCACUCAUAACCGUAUAUUGGCUGUGGGUCUGGGCAUCCUUACCAGGAGUUUCAGCACUCUCUUCCCUUUCCCUUUUCUGGUGAAACGACUGCCCUUCUGCAAAGGCAAUGUUCUGCACCACUCCUACUGCCUCCAUCCAGAUCUCAUGAAAGUAGCAUGUGGAGACAUCCACGUUAACAACAUUUAUGGGCUCUUUGCGGUGAUUUUCACCUAUGGUGUGGACUCAACUUUCAUCCUGCUUUCCUAUGCAUUGAUCCUGAGAGCCGUGCUGGCUGUCAUAUUCCGGGAGCAGCAGCUCAAGGCACUCAACACUUGCAUGUCACACAUCUGUGCAGUGCUGGCCUUUUAUGUGCCCAUAAUUGCUGUCUCCACGAUUCACCGCUUCUAGAAAAGUGCUCCACCUGUUGUUCAUGUCACGAUGUCCAAUGUCUACCUGUUUGUACCACCCAUGCUCAAUCCUAUCAUCUACAGUGUGAAAACCAAGGCGAUCCGCAGAGGUAUUCUCAAGUUCUUCCAUAAACCCCAGGCCUGAGGAAGGCUGAAGGCCCCAAGAGAGCUCCUUUGGAGGAAGGAUUGGGACCUGUUAACAACUUUAGGAAUGCUAAAGUAAGGAGCAAGAGGACCCAGGAUCUUGAUAGUAGUGAAUGUAUCACUAAUAAAAUAAUAUUUGACUAUAAAAUGACACAUUUAUUCAACACUUAUCAAUAUAUGUAUUGAAUAUGAAGAUUCUUGUGUAGUUGCUAAGCAUGUUAUAAUGGUGAGUAUGAAAUAUUGUAAAGUAACCACAUAGACAUGUGAAUAGAAAAUAUUAAAAAGAGCAACAGGUAUCCUGAAAAAUCCUUGUUUGACAUAUAUUAUAUGGGAAUAAAGGAAGUUCUACAGGGCAAACAGAACUUAGCAAAAAUAAUUCUG